AGGAAGAGGAAAACAUCGUGCAAUCGUGCAUGUGGUGGUGAAGGUGGCGCCAUCCCCUACUCGGCAAAUUUCGUUUCAACUGAAUUUCAAUUUAGUUAGAUCGAGGCUGGUUAGAAUGUAACUGAUUUAUCAUUCCUGGAUUUCACUAACUUACUCCUCACUUAUCUAGACUGUUAGAAAGAAUUAAACAGACGAUAGUUUCUAUUACCUUGAUAACCAACUAAAAGAAGCUUUAUGCUGUGUCUAUCCAACUUCUUACGUUUCUGAGAAGGAAUCAGGGCAUAAGCUGGAGAACCAAAAAUUCUAACAUGUCCAAGAGAAUUCCAUACCCUCCCAGACCCCUGAGUACUUACUAAUCAGAAUGAAUAAAGAACCAAUGGCAAUGCCAAUUUCACCAACUUCGCAGGAGACAAGUUUCUCCAACUUGUUAGAAGACGUGGACCAAGUCAAGACACACCUCGAUUUACUUGGACUGCCGUACAACCCCAAUUUAAUCGCAAAUAUUUUAUUAGAUUAUGAUAAUGAUAAUGAUCGAGUGAAUCUAGCUAUUAACAAAAUAAUAGAUGAGCCACCUGAUGUGGAAAUAACGUUUGAAAAGAACUCGCCAGAUAAAACAUCAAAAUCUAAAGCUCAAAAAACUGCCCUUAGUGUUGAUUUGACUGGAGAGACUUCGGCAUCGAAAGAUACCAAAGGGAUCUUAAACUUAUUCGAUCAAGAUCAACCAUCACCAUGUAAAAUAUUAAAAUCUACAAAUCCCGAAGAAAACCCUUUUCUAUGUGAUCAUCGUAAAAAUAACUUAUUCAAGUCUGAAAACUCGCCAGAAGUGCCGCUUGCCUCCACUUCAUACGAUUCAACCGAUCCUGUCAUUAACAUUUCUGACAUAGAAGAGUUUUUGAAUAGUAAAGAGCCCUUACCAACACCCAAAAUAAAUGGUGAUCAUUUGAGCUCUUUAAAUUACGGCCUGGAGAAAUUGAAAACGCGUUUAGAUAAAUUGAAAAAUAAUGUACAUGAAUAUGAAUUUAAGGAGAAAAAACUAACUGAAAAAGUACUUAAAACUGCAACUGAUUUGGCAAAUGAAGAUUUGAAAACAGGCAUAAUUUCACCACUACAUCAAAACAUUUCUGAAAAACCAGAACAAGUCAGCUUACCCUUUGAUGCUCACCCUUUUGAUGAAUAUGAUGAAUAUGAAGACUGUGAUUUUUCCAAAGUUGAGGAGGUCACCUCACAACUUGUCAACUCUGUAGACAGGAGCCUGUGUGCUCCCCAAAGCUCGCUUCCAUCAGCAUCAUCAAGUGACUCCGUUACUAAAUUAGUUGGUCUCAGUGGCAAUUUUGACAAAAUUGGUACAUUCACCGGCGGUGAUAGCUUUUUCAAACGUUUGAAAAAGCCAUCUAGCACCGAAACAUCUGGGUCAAGCUCAUUAAGCUGCAAUAACAAUUCAACGGAGUUAGAAGAGUUUGAUAACUUUUUAGAUUCAUUUUUAGUAAAGAACCUAACAUCAUCUCAACGAACGAAUCCUUCAACUUCACAAGCAUCAACAUCUAUUUCAAAUCCAUGGCAGGGGAAUUUUCAGCCCACUUCGGAGGAACUGGCUGUUAUUGAUGAAGUUGUUGCUGUUGCUUGUUCGCCAGAAAAGAUCAUCAUGACAGAUGAAGAAUUAAAAAAGCAAAUCGAACCAACAAAAAAUGUCAAAAAACCUAUACCAGCCACCACCUCUAGUGAAAUAGAAGUGAUACCUUGUGAACCGUCAACAAGUGGCCCCUCCUUCAGCAGAAUGGAAGUGAUACAAAAUAAACCAUCAACGAGCGGCUCCUGUGGAUCAUCUCGUCGAACUAAUCGAACAAGUAGUAAAACUCACUCAUCAUCCCCUAAAAAGGCCACUGAACCUAUGCCCAUGUAUUUGGCAAACCUGAUGGAAAUAUUUCCAGAAGCUGAUACUGAUUAUCUCCGUAAUCUGUGCAAGAGCGCAAAUGACAAAAAGAAAUUUCCCAAUAAAGAUGAAAUCCUUCAAACUCUCAUCGAAACUGUAAUAAGAGAUGAAUCUUAUCCCAAAAGAACCUUGCCCCGAUUCGAGGACAAACCUGCAAAAGAUUUGUCUCUUAAUGAGAAGUACCAGAACAUUAUCGCCAUCAUUCCUAAUGUUGAUCCGGAAUUUUUGGAAAACAAAUGCAAAGAACUUACCAAUGAUGAAAUUUACAGUGCGUUUGUGGAUGAAUUAUUAACAAGAAAAAAUUAUCCAACAAUUCAGGAUUAUGAAAGAAGGAAAGAGACUGAAAAGGCAAUCCAAGCUUACACAGAUCUUUUCACCAUUGCUGGAUUCUUGGAAGUUUUCCCCGAUCCCGAGGAUUAUUUUCUAAAUAAGAAGGCCAGUUCUCAUCAUGAACUUUCUCUAACGUUUCUCAAAGAUAGGUAUAAACUUCUGCGAGCAACAGACAUUGCAAAAUAUUAUAAGGCAGCUAAUUCAAACCUUACUCGAACUUGCUUGCAACUUGAUAGUUACAAUGGUCCUAGGCGAGCAACCAAGAGAAGCGCAGGAGAGUGCAGAUGGCCACCCAAAACAGAUGUAAAUUUUCUUCAGGAAAUUUCGUAUAUAAAUCAUAAACAACAAAUCAAGGACUAUAUCGAGCAAAAAAAGAAAGACAGAGAAGAAGCUUUUCGGAAGGCUAAAGAAAACAAUGAGCUCUUCACUUGCAGUUGCUGCUUUGAGGAUGAAGUAAUGAAAGAUGAUGUCAUAACAUGUCCUGAAGGGCACGUUUUUUGCAGCGAGUGUGUAAGAAGGAGUGGAGAGAUUAAACUUGGGGAGAGAAAAGCUAAAGUCGAAUGCAUGGAAGGAAGUUGUGAGGCUGAAUUCUCAUUGAAAGACUUGCAGAAAGUCCUAGCACCAAAUGCUUUUUCAAAAUUUGUAAAAAUUAAGCAAACGGAGGAAAUCAAAGCAGCCGGUAUUGAAGGACUGGUUUCUUGUCCGUUCUGUGAAUUCGCUAGUAUUCCACCACCAGAAGAUAAAAUAUUCAAGUGCCAGAAUACAGAUUGUAUGAAAGAGUCUUGUAGGCUGUGCAAUCUGGAAUCUCACAUUCCACUUCGGUGUGAUGAAGUUGAAAGGGACGCCGACGUGAAGGCAAGGCUAUUAAUAGAAGAGAAAAUGACCGAAGCAUUAGCUAGAGAAUGCUACAACUGUAAAGCUAAAUUUAUCAAAGAAGAUGGUUGUAAUAAAAUGACAUGUGGUCAUUGUGGUAAAUUGAGCUGCUACAUUUGUCGGCAACCAGUGACCGAUUAUUCACAUUUUAACGGUGAUGGUGGUGACAGAGUAGAUAAGUGUCCCUUGUGGUCAGACAAUGACCUGCUUCAUGUGGAUGCUGUUCGGCUCACUGCUGAGGCUGUCAAAAAUAAACUUAUAAAAGAAAAUCCAGGUUUGAAGUUAAAAGUUGAUCCCACUUUAGUUUUACCAGAAAAUGCCUAUAAAAAGAAGGCAGCAGUACCAGCCCAUCGUGCGCAACAACGAGGCCUCGUUUUAAACCGGGUGAUACCUGUAGAUGUCCCUAGAGAUAACCUACCGCCAGUGGAUCUCAAACCUCCUGCACCGAUUAUUCCUCCCCAUUUAUUGCUCCAAGAACAUGCCAACCAGGCUCGCGCUGCAGCGAGGCCCCAACACAGAGCCCCUCCUCCGUUUCCACAACCACCAGCUCAACCGGCCUGGAGACCUUAGAAUUUCAGUUAUUAUACUUAAAGUGUACCAUAAUUAUCAGCAAAAAAGCGAGGAAUAUCCACCGUACAAUAUAAUACAUAGCAAACAAGCCUGUUCACUCUAGCAAGUAUUUUCUGUUUAUUCGAGUACUAUUCAAUUUACCCUCAGUUUCAUGUAAAUUACAAUGCAAUGCAUUGAACUCAUUCAUUCCGCUGUAAGUGUUGAAGCGGUAAAAUUAAUUCUUAUGAUUUGACACUCCGGUACCUUUUACUAUCAUGAAGAAUAUACGUAUCUAAAAUAUUUUUAUCAUUUAUCCUGUAUCUUCUCUUUACAUAUUAUAUGAUAAGGAUUUCUCAAUAUUUUUCGAUUGCCAUUUACCAUAAUUCUUAAAUCGAAAAUAAUCAAGUCAAGUUUCAAUUCAUAUGUCAUAUCAAUUCAUAGUGAAUGAAUGAUAAACAUAAUGAAUGGAUGCAGGACAUUCAAAAUUUUUCCGUGCACUAGUUGUUUGUCAAAAAUUAGAGCUUCAUUUUAAAAAAGAAUACUAACCACCAACCAGUGAGUGUUUUUCCUUCUUUUUCUGAUUUGGAAAUCUUCUAUCCUUUUUUCAGUAAUUUAAAAUUUUGUACAGUCUCUCAUUUGAAAACUCUCUGCUCUCAUUUACUUUCACUCUGGUUAUAUUUAGCUAAGGUCAUCCUUCCUUUUAAGUUUCACUCUAUACAUCACUAUUUGCUAAUCCUGUUUUCUAAUUGAUCAAAGCUUCAUUCGAACAUUUUUUUAAACAAAUAUUUGAUAAAAUUAAUUGUGUGUGCUGAGGUUUUUGAACAGCAUGAAGUAGAAAUUUGUCUGCUCCCACAGUUACUUUUUCCUGUCCUUUUUACAAACUGAAAGGCUUACAGGCUGAAAAUGAAUGGCAAAAUUAUCUUGUCAGAAGUUUAGAAGUCUCUGUUUACUCUUUUUGCCUCACAGUUCAUUAGGGAGAUUUUUUAGUCAAAACCUAACCUAAGGCAAGGCAAUUAUGAGUUGGAAAGUAUCCGCUCAUUGUUUCUUUUGAUAUUUGUUCAUGUAAAACUCGCUGUUUCACACAUCACAGAAUCUUCAGGAAGACAAUUGUGAUUUUGGAAGGGAGUUUUUUUCUUCUUUUUGAAAUGAUAACAGAGCUCUUGCAUGCAUCAGGAAUUUAAGAUUCAAGUUCAUACUUACUUAAUGAAAAAUUUCACAAGAAACAUGAUGGUGCCACCGGUUUUCUUUGAAACAAACUUCCAAGCUCAGAAAAAACUCUCAAAGUUGAGGCCUUAGUGAGGGAGAUCCCACUUGUUAUGCUGAGAAACCACCUCUACAUCCAGUCAAACUCCUCAUGCAUAAAGAAAGAGCAAAUACAUUAGCGGAGUCGCUGUGUCUCCAGCCUUUGAGGCUUGGAUCUGGCUUAUUUGUACUUGGACAAUUCGACUAGAUAAAAAGGUACUAGAGGUGGCUGGUGGACUCUCAGAGUCAGAUGGGAUCUCUCCAUUACAGCCUCAACUUCAAGAGCUUUUUUUCGAGCUCAAGAGUUCAUUUCAGAGGAAACCUGUGGUAUUAUCAAGUUGCUCCCAUUUUAUAUCAAUAUACUUACUCAUGUCACCAAUCACUUACACAUGCAAGAACUGCGUUGUCCUUUUUGGGAAUUGAUUGAGAGGGAUUCUGUAUCGUUUGUAAACAAUUUAGAGUCCUCUCACCAUGUUUAGGUUCUAGAGGAUGUCCAAGUAAAACAAGAAUUGUAUUUUUCAGAGUUUGCCACUCACUAUUUGUCACUGAUUCACACAGGCAUGAGGUAUGAAGUUCUUCAUUUCCCAUGUUUUUGCAGUAGGAGGAGAAAUUUUGUGAUUAUAAUUUUUAUUAUAGUUUAUAAUAUACCUAGAAGAUUGAAAAGGUCUCAGGGAACUCUUUUGCCUCCCUCUUCCUCUCUUGAAAGCCUUUCAUUUCUUAAAAGGUCCCUUCACUUCAUAGUUUUCUAAAUCGCUAAUUUCUUAUGAUUUGUAUUUGUUCCUAUUGUUUUUGUUUAGUUACAUACAUUAUAUAUUUUAAUUUUUUUAAAUCACAAA